UUUCUGGGCAGUCGAAACUUCUCCCCAUUUUCCCUCUCUAAUUCCACGUCGCCCUUUCUCCCCUACCCCUCUCACGAAACACUCCCAGGAGACAGGGUCAGAUCUUUGGUAGCUUCCGAAUUGACUCGGGCUCUGCUGGCCUCAACUUGGUCUCUGUCCGAUCAUGAAGAGUGGCUUCGAAGUUUUCGAGUUCGGCGAAGAAGACGAACUGGCGGAACGCGCGGAUGCCAAAUUCCUGAGCAAGUUCAAAAACCCUAACCCACCCGAGAAUUCAACCUGCGAGUUCGUCGAAUGCGUUGCUGGUACAUCUGAAUUCCCAGUGAAAAGGUUGAUAGUGUAGCCCUUGUAUAUGUAGGUACCACUGAACAUGAUCAUCAGGUCGACAACCACAGUACAGCUGCUUCACAGAUGGUUGGGAAGGAUUUAGAUGCCAAAGAAAGAAAGUCUUGUCAAAAUGCUGAUGCUCUAAAUCCCCUGAUUACUGGUCAUUACUUUCAUUCAAAGAUUGAUUUUUGUCAAACUGCAAAUUCUUAUAUUGAGCAGGAGAGAAUUCCAUGUCAUAAGAGUGAGGCUAAGAGUAUUGAACCUGUUGCUGAUGACUUCGCUGAAAGUGAUCCAUCAAGGGUGUCUCCUGCGAUUGCAAGAGAUUCUGCUGUUUUAAAUGACGUUCCUUCAACAAAUUGUUUUGACAGCCUGCAAACGGAUGAAGCAGAAAUAUGUAUUCCAGUUGACUAUGUUGUCUAUCAGAAGAAGUGCUCAGCGGGAUGCACAGUGUCCUUCUCUCACGACUGUAUAAAAAUCAGCGGUCUAACUACACCUGAAGAAGACCAAGAAAUCCAUAGCCUUGAGAAGGGCAUUGAUGAUAUUGUCCUUAUCCAAUCUGAACGGCUCGAAAGGUUUGAAAGUGUCUCUGUUAAGCUCCAUGUACUGUCAAAGGAUGCAGGACAAGUUCAUGGAACCUCAGGUUUGGGGUGUGUAGAGGAACUGGAAUUUGUAGUUUGUGACCCAGAUUGGUUCGGAAGGUGGCAACAGAUCACAUCUUUGAAUGAGAAAUACAUGAGUCUUUGGAGAGCUGUUCAUGAGUAUGUUCUUUCUAACCUUUAUAAUGAUGCUUAUACAUACAGCUGGAAACUGUGCAGCUUUGAGAGGGCUUUUGAAGAUGUAAUCUAUCCAGAAGGGGAUUGUGAUGCAGUUUCUAUCAACAAGAGAGAUGUUGCUCUUCUGGAGCCAGAGACGUUCAUUAAUGAUACAAUUAUCGACUUUUACAUCCAGUACUUGAAGAACCAAAUUCCUUCGGAAGAAAAGCAUAAAUUCCAUUUUUUCAAUAGUUUUUUCUUCCGGAAGCUUGCUGAUCUUGACAAAGAUCCCUCUAGUGCUCUCGAUGGUCGAGCUGCAUUCUUGCGAGUUCUUAAGUGGACAAGGAAGGUUGAUCUCUUUGGCAAAGACUACGUUUUCAUUCCUGUUAAUUUUGGUCUUCACUGGAGUUUGCUUGUAAUAUGCCAUCCUGGUGAAGUGGCGAGCUUCAAAGAGGAAGACGUGGAGAAGUCCCUCAGAGUACCAUGUAUUUUGCAUAUGGAUUCCAUCAAAGGGACUCAUGCUGGUCUAAAAAAUCUUGUUCAAAGUUAUUUGUGGGAAGAGUUUAAACAGAGACAUAAAGAUGCAUCAGAAGAUGUAUCUUCCAAGUUUAUGAAUUUGCGGUUUGUCCCUCUCGAGCUGCCUCAGCAGGAAAAUUCAUUUGAUUGUGGACUUUUCCUGCUUCACUACUUGGAAUUGUUUCUAUCGGAAGCUCCUGUGAAUUUCAACCUCUUCAGCAUAAACAAGUUCUCCAAAUUCCUGAGUGGAGACUGGUUUCACCCUGCUGAAGCAUCGCUUAAACGCACUCUAAUUCAGAAACUGAUUGCUGAGCUCUUGGAAAAUCGUGACAAGGAAGGUAUUUCUUCGGGUGGCGUUGGUGGUAAAGCACAAACUAUUUUUCCAGACGACGGGAAAGAAUCGGGAGUUGAGUUUGUGGCAAGGAAUUUCCCUCCUACAGUAGGUGGUCAUGGGAAUUCAUCAAGUUUUCCUGGUGGCCAGGGGAUUGAGAUGACCAUUUUAGAAACAUCAUCUUCUGUGAGGAACUCUGAAUGUAUUGUUGGUGACCCGAAUUUGGUGCUGAGGGAACUUUUUCAACCUGAAGUUGCAGCCGCAGGAUCGUUACAUGCUCAGUGUUCAUCCUUUGAACCGUCAUCAUCUUAUUACCAUCUCAAUGAGGACGUGGAACCUAUGGAGGUAUUCCCAUUUCCCUCCAUUGCUGUAAGGUUGAUCCAGACAAUGAGUUUAUGGAUUUCCCGUCCGGGGAAGAAGCUGUUUUCUCUAACUCUUUCUCAUACCAAGGAUUUACUGUUGGUGAUUCCUCCCGGAAACCCAGAAUUACCAUGAGGGAAGAUGCAGAAGAUUCAUCGCCAGCUGAAACCUUACAUUCGGACUCUGAAUCUGAUGAUUCUUCUUCAGAUGUUGGGAUCAUUGAAAACUCUCCCCUGACCACCAAUGGCUAUGAGGCAUGCAAGGAGGAGAACAUCGACCCGGAAACAUCUUCUGCUUCUACUUGUUCGUUGGAUGAUGAUAACAACAAUGAGUGUCUGACAGAUAGCCAUGCUGAUUCAAUGUCUGCUGACAUCAUGUUGGAAACUUGUGCCACGAACUGUACAACAACCAAUAUGGCUUGCGAUUCCAAGGAGAAUCAUGGAGAGAACAGGAGCAUAAGUAUGACAAUACAACUGCAACACGAGAGCAGGACGUUGUUGGAUCAGAAGGAAGAGGCUGUUGGUGAUGGUCUAACCUCACCACUCCAUGACAGUGAUGCACAUUUACAAUCAGCAUCAAAUGGCAAUCUGCUUGAAAUCAACAUACCAGAAAUAAAGGCAGCAGAGGAAGAGCCUGGAAUUGUGGACGAGAAAUCCCCAAAAGGGAGCUUAGAAUUGGGCUCAAAUGGCACUUUGCCAGAAACUGAGGUUGCACAAUUUGAGGCAGUCGAGGAAGAAGAUCGCGGAAUAGUGGAUGAGAAAGCCGCAGAAGGGAAUUCAGCAUCACACUUGAAAAGGAAUGUGGCAGAAAUAGUGGGAGCUGCUGAGGCAGAAGCAGGAUUAGCAGAGGAGAAUCCUUCGAAAAGGCUUCGGCUGUUGGAAGACGAGGCUCUCAACAGGACACCUCGAGAAGGAAGGUCUCCGGAGGCGGUGGUUGAUUUAUAGAAACCUUGUGGGGUGCAAUUCUUUGGGGGUUGAGGGGGAGUGUGCAAUGUAUAGGGUUGAAUAGAGCUUCCAGUUUCUGUGAAUAUCAGAAAAAUCGCAGUAGGGGGAUUGUGUUAAUUUUAGUGGGGAUUACGGGCCUUCUGAUCAUCUAAGAUUAGACAGAUAAGUUGAUAUCACGUAGAAGAAUCCUUUUCUAGGAACUUGCCAGGUGACCAUACUUCCACAAGAACUUGUGCAGCUAUUGUUUGAUGUUUUCAUCCUGCCUGGUGGAUGGUAGUUAUUAGUUAAUUUGCUGAAAGCUUGUCCUAUCAAACUUUUCAAUCAUCGCGACGUUUGCUAGGCCGUAUUGGCCAGUUCGAUUUGGAAAAAUUGGUUAUCGGAGU